UGCGAAGUGCUUUUCGCUCAUUUGGGAACUUAGGUCUGAUAAAGCAAUGAUUUCCUCAAUUUCGGACACUUUUUAGCACAAUGACGAACAGUAAGAGAGACAAAGCAAAGGGCUUACAACCCUGCCACUCUGAUCCUUUCUGCGCUGAUAGUGGGACACCGUUCAAAAUGCCAGAACCUACCAAAAAAGAUGAAACAUCUAGUGCCCCCCCUGAAGAGAGUGUUGGUCCAGACAGUAGUGAAGCUCCACCCCUUCCUGAGAUCUCGCUUGAGAUUUCUCCACCAGAUAAAGAUGAUGAUGCUGCUGCCAGCACCCCUUCACCACAACCUCCAGCAGAGGAUGCCAGUUCACUCAAGAAACUGUCUAUUGAGCUACCUAAUGAUAGCGUCACUGAGUCAUCCAUGGGGAGAAAGGACUCAGUGUGGUCUCUGGGGGAUGGACAACCUCCAGAGGACCUGGAAAAGCCAGUAGAGAACCCACCACUCUCCAUCUUGCUCAUUGAGAAACCCCUGAGUGGCUCUAUCUCUGUGGGUGGAGACAUCACUUUUGUUGCCAAGGUGGAAGCCAAAGAUCUGUUGCGGAAGCCUACAAUUAAAUGGUUUAAAGGAAAGUGGAUGGACUUGGCUAGCAAGACUGGAAAACACCUUCAACUCAAAGAGAGCUUUGACCGCUUUACAAAGAUCCACACAUUUGAGAUGCACAUCAUUAAGGCCAAAGAGAACUAUGCUGGAAAUUACAGGUGUGAAGUCACCUACAAGGACAAGUUUGACAGCUGUUCCUUUGAUCUUGAAGUGAAAGAUGCCCCAGAGGCCUCUCAGAGUAUUGAUAUCCGUUCAGCUUUUAAAAGGAGCAGUGAAGGACAAGACGAUGCAGGAGAGCUUGACUUUAGUGGUCUUCUUAAACAUAGAAACAGCAGGGAACCCAAGCAGGAAGAGGUCCCCGAAGUGGAUGUAUGGGAGAUCCUGAGGAAUGCAAGGCCAGAUGAGUAUGAGAGGAUAGCUUUCAUGUAUGGCAUCACAGAUCUGAGAGGCCUGCUGAGGAGAUUGAAGAAGACCAAGAAGGAGGAGAAGAAAAGCGAAGCUUUUGCCAAGAAGCUGGAACCUGCGUAUCAAGUGGAUAAAGGAGGGAAGAUUCGACUUGUGGUGGACCUGGCUGAUCCCACCGUGGAGCUGAAGUGGUACAAGAAUGGGCAAGAGAUUCGCCCCAGCCCCAAUCAAAGAAAGUACAUUUUUGAGCACAAGGGCACCCAACGAAUCAUGGUCAUCAACAAUUGUACCAUGAAUGAUGAUGCUGCCUACAGUGUCUCUGCUGGAGACGAAAAGUGUUCGACUGAGCUGUUUGUGAAAGAGUUACCAGUGAAUAUUACCAAAGAGCUUGAGGAUGUGAAAACUACAGUGAAUGAACGGAUUGAGCUGGAGUGUGAAGUGUCUGAAGAAGGGGCCCAAGUCAAAUGGCUGAAGAAUGGCGUGGAGGUCCCAACUGGUGUCCGCUCACGUUUUCGCACUAAGUGUGAUGGAACUAAACACAUUCUGAUCAUUGACGAUGUCAUGAGGGAGGACUCAGGCACCUACUCCCUGAUGGCCACUGGGGGUACAACCCAGGCCAAAGUACAGAUUGACUUGAAGCCUCUGGUGAUUAUCCAGGAUCUCAGUGAUAUGACAGUCCGCCUAGGCCAACCACUGAAGCUUCAUUGUGAGAUCUCCCCUGGGAAUGUGCCUGGCCGAUGGUAUCGCAAUGGCCAGCUGAUUCAGGCCAGUGAGCGUGUCACCAUCAUACACAGGGCCAGAAAUCACAGACUAGAGAUCGAAAGUUGCACAAUCAGUGAUGCAGGUGAUUACACCUUUGUGCCAGAAGGCUACACUCAGAAACUUUGUGCCAAAGUACACAUUAUUGACCCCCCCAAGGUUCAUCUGGACAGUCUGAACUUCCCCGACAACACUGUAACAAUAGUGGCAGGGAACAAACUUCGGCUGGAGAUCCCCAUCUCAGGCGAGCCUGCCCCCAGAGUAGUAUGGAUGAAGGGAGAGAGGGUAAUCCUAGAUACUGGUAGCCGCGUUCAUGCCGAGACCUUCGCUGACCACACCAGCUUAACCAUUGAUGUGACUGAGCGGGAAGACACAGGCAAUUACAAAAUUGUUCUGCAGAACGAGGCAGGCGAGGACACAGCCACAGUCAAGGUCAAGGUUGUGGAUAUACCUGAUGCUCCGGAGGCACCCACAGUCACUGAAGUGGGAGGAGACUGGUGCUCUAUGACUUGGAACCCUCCCCUUUAUGAUGGGGGCUCACCCAUCUUGGGGUACUUCAUCGAGAGGAAGAAGAAACAAAGCUCUAGGUGGAUGAGGCUGAACUUUGACCUUUGCAAAGAGACCACUUUUGAGCCUAAGAAAAUGAUUGAGGGGGUUCCGUAUGAAGUGCGCGUCUUUGCUGUGAAUGCCAUUGGUGUGUCCAAACCCAGUGACCCCUCUAGAGCUUUUGUGCCCCUUGCCGUGACAAGCGAGCCCACAAUGCUGGUGGUGGAUGAUGUCACAGAUACCACAGUGACAAUGAAGUGGCGCCCCCCGGACACAAUUGGUGCAGCAGGGCUGGAUGGAUACAUGGUGGAGUACUGCAUAGAAGGAACGGAUGAAUGGAUCAGAGCCAACAAGGAACUUACGGAGAAAACCAAGUACACCAUCACUGGGCUACCAACCGAGGGCAAGAUCUUUGUACGAGUGAAGGCUGUGAAUGCAGCUGGGGAGAGCAUGCCUAGGACGACCCAACACUCUAUCCUGGUCAAAGAGGUUGUAGAACCACCCAAGAUUCGUGUGCCUAGACACCUGAAGCAGACAUACAUCCGCAGAGUUGGGGAGGCUGUUAACCUUGUAGUUCCUUUCCUGGGCAAACCCAGGCCAAAGGUGAGCUGGCUGAAGGAAGGCCAGGUUGUGGAUCCCACACAGGUGAGCAUCCGUAACACUGACUGUGACAGCAUCUUCUUCAUUCGAAAAGCUGAGCGGAAGCACUCUGGGAAGUAUGAGAUGACCGUACAGGUGGAGAAUCACGUGGACACUGCCAUUUUAGACAUCCAGAUUGUCGACCUUCCUGGCCCCCCCCAGGCUGUAAGGAUCGAUGAAGUGUGGGGGGUGAAUGUGGCACUAGACUGGACCCCACCAAAAGACAGUGGCAACGCCCCAAUUACAGGCUAUACAAUUCAAAAAGCAGACAAGAAAACAAUGGAGUGGUACACCUGUGUGGAGCACUACCACCGCACCUGCAUCACCAUCUCAGAUCUUGUCGUUGGCAAUGAGUAUUUCUUCCGCAUUUACUCAGAGAAUAUGUGUGGCCUGAGCGAGUCUGCCACUGUCACAAAGGACAGCGCUGUCAUUGUCAAGGAAGGUUUGCAUCUGAAGAUCCCUGAGUACAAUGACUAUGACUUCACAGAAGCACCCAAGUUCACCCAGCCACUGGUCAACACCUCUGCCAUUGCUGGCUACAACGCCACACUUAACUGCAGCGUCCGCGCCAAUCCACGGCCUAAAAUUAUGUGGAUGAAGAACAAAAUUAUAAUCAUCGAUGACCCACGGUACCGCAUGUUCAGCAACCAGGGUGUGUGCACGCUGGAGAUCCGCAAACCCAGCCCCUUUGAUGGGGGUGUCUACACAUGCAAAGCCAUCAAUGACCUUGGUGAGGCACAGGUGGAAUGCAAACUCGAGGUCAAAGGGGGGUUUACCUUCUAUGAGCUCCUGCAGCGUGGCGUGCCAUUACACCUGAUUGAUAAGUACAUGAAUGAUUCCAAACCCGCAGAGUCAGAGAAGAAGUGACUGCAGCAACAGCAACCAGCGGUGCGCUUGCUCUUUCUGAAAACCUGUCACCCAUAGCUACUCAUCCUUCGUAGUUCCCAGGAGCCCAAAGCCUGUGGACGAUGGGGGUGGGUGGUGGACUUUAGCAGGGCGUACUAUCUGUAGCUUGUUUCAAUAGAGCAUGGAACUCGUUUCAGUAGAAGAGUCCAUUUAUAAUCAGCCAUCUCAUACCCAGCCUGUUUUAGGCUGGCAUUUAAAGGUGAUGUGUUAAGGCCUGAAGCA